CACUUCAUCGCAACGUCCACGGGAAAUUAAAACAACAAGCGCGUAAACCUUUGAGUUUGGGAAAAAUCGAUGAAAAGCCCGGUGAAAAUCGCCAAUUCGACAACACCGCGUCCGUGGGUAACGGGAUGGGUUUUCUCGCUGUCACACUCGAUGGUAGAAAGGUGUUGGUGAUUUGUGUUGUCAAACUGUUGCCUGUGAUCGCGUUACGCUGACUGAGAUGUCCUGCUGAGUCCUGCUACGCAAUCGUACAUUGAUAAUUUUGGUGCGAAAUUAAAAUGGAAUUUAAAUUCAACCUGAACGACUAUUUCAAAGAGAGGAUCGUCGAGAUCGACCACAAUUUGGUUCCACCCGGUUUCAGUGGAGAUCGCAGACAAUUAUGGGACACAGUGUCGAAGGUCACCGAGGUGGUGAACGCGAUGGGGGAGGCGUCGGCCGCCGCCCAGGGCCUCUCGAAGGCGAUCACCACGUCCGACCGGCUGAGGAAUUCGGAGCACAAGCUCUACCUAUUGAUUGACGGCGGGCACAACGGUAAAAAAGGAGCUGUGACAGGCCUGUUAAAAGUCGGGCGGAAGACUCUGUACCUCUUCGACAGGGACGGCGAACAUUAUCAAGUCACGCCGUUGUGCAUCCUCGACUUUUACGUGCACGAAUCCCGUCAGCGUUCCGGUCUCGGGAAGCUCCUCUACGAGCACAUGCUCAAGGAUGAGGACAUCGAACCAGUCAAAAUAGCAAUAGACCGACCAAGUGAAAAAUUUCUGGGUUUUUUGAAAAAGCAUUACAAUUUAAGCACACCCAUCAAACAGAUGAACAACUACGUCGUGUUCGACGGCUUCUUCCCCGACGACGAGGACAAAAAGAGUGAAAAAAGUGAGUCUAUCAUUAAGGGAAACUCGCCUAACGUCUCGAUCUCACCAAGUGUCGCCCCGUACGGAAGAUACGCUGCACCCCGUCCUAAGUGCAGUAUGGGUCAGAUAAUACACAACGAAACAUCCACGUUGCCCACCACGUCGACCACACCAGUGGGUAAACAAAAAAAAAUACCAAAAAAUUACAGUUCGCCGAAGCCGGAAGCGGAGAAGGCGACCGAGGAGGAGGUGGUGGCCGAGUCGAACGGCGACCAGGCCCCGGAGUCGCCGAAACUGGAACGGCCGCAGUCGCUCUCCAUUCAAACGAACGACGAGAUCGUCGAGGACGGGCCCGGUGUCGCCGCCGUCGAGGAGCUGGCGCACAAGGUCCGGGAGCUGGAGGUGGAGGAGGAGCCGCACAAGAAGAAGACGCCCAGUCACUUGACGGAGCAGGGGUUCUUCGACUUGAAGUUCUACCACAACAAGUUGUGGUAGACAAAUCAUGAAUCGUAAAUGUGUGUGGUUGGUUGGACGUUGUCGUUCGGUUGUCACUUUGAGGGCGAUUUCCGGUUCUUCCACUGGGUUUACUGAGCUGUCAUUCGGUUUGUAUUUAUUCAAAAGUCGCAGCUGAAUCGUUGUUUCUAUGGCGAUGACCAAAUUUUACACGUUUUAUAAUUAUUUACUACUACUAACUAUUACAAAUAAAUAGUAUAUACCUCAACGUAUAUAAAUAAGUACACGGGGUCGUCAGAAAUAAUGAUUUCCUGCUGACAGGACUUUGUACAGUUACUUUCGUCGCAUUUGGACCAUCUGAAGGAGUUUCAAAGUUUUUUAAACGCAGCACAAGUUGAAACUGCUUCGACUUUAGUUAAGCCACUUUAUUUAUUAUUUAUUUAUAGUUAUACACAUAUUUAUAUACUAAAUAACCAAAUAAAUAUUUAGCGUUUUUUGAUAUAUUUUAUAAAAAAGCAUUUGUGCAAUAGCUGUUGUGAUGUGAUAAAAAUUCAAAAUUGUCGUGCAAUAUUGCCAUUAUUGUUCUUUGUUUAUUGUUUGCCACUUUGUUGUGAAGGAUCGAUUGUUAGGUUUUAGGCGGAAUUGAUGACUUAAGAAAAAGGCUGCUUUUAGUGUAGUGUCAAAGUUGAUGUUCAAAAGGGUCACGUCCCGACAAUACAGUAUUUUUGUCCUUCAUCUUCUUAAUUUUUGUUACAUUCCAUUAGAUUAGAAUAUUUAUUUUUGUUGAACAUGUUUAUAUGCCAGUCUUUGCCUGUUCCGUUUUAUCUCGCAAUUAUCUGUGUAGAAUUACCAAAAAAUAAUUAAAAUUACACUAAUUUA